UGAACAGCUGUUCUUGUCCACCUUUAACAGCCGGUCCGCAAGAGAGGGUGGGGCCAUAUAACAUGCACAGGUAUUUGUUAAACAUUUCGUACAUCGGCACGACAUUUCGUGGUAUCCAGAAGACGGUUAACAAGGCUGAGCAGCCGCGCCUUGACACUCAGUCCAUUCAAGGCUGCCUGGAGCUGGCGCUGCGCGUGUUUCACCCCGUGAACGAGAUUCAGACCGUGCUCUCCAGUCGCGUUCACACUAUUUUUAGCACAGACGCGGGUGUACACGCACUGCACUCUACGGUGCACGUGGAUCUGGAGCGCCCUAAUGGCCAGCCCUACGACACAACAACGUUGACCGGGGUGCUCAACCGGACCCUCGACAAGCAGCGUCUUCCCAUCCGCGUUCUUAGCAGCCAGCUGGUGGCGGACACCUUUCACUGCCGCUACCACGCCACCGGACGCACCUACCUGUACCGCUUUGCCGUAAAUAAGCAUCCGCCCUCCGAAGAGGACAACUUUCGCAACAAGGCCUACGAGGCUUUCGUACCCGUGGAGGAAAUUGAUCGUUGCUAUUUUUUGCAGUCCCCGAGCUUUGACAUAGAUCGGGUCCGAGCUGCGUCACAAUUGUUCGUUGGGGUCCACGACUUUCGCACUUUCAUGAGCAUCAGCCGCCAGAAAAACCUUAGCCGUGAUCACCCCAUGUUCACAGUGCGCAAGAUCGACAAGAUCAGUAUUCGUCCUGGUGGUGCUGUUGCUGUGGCCCCAAACGCCGCUCUGGCCGCUGCUACAUACAAUUAUUGGGACAUCGAGAUCAAAGCUAAGUCCUUUCUGUACAAGCAAGUGAGGCGCAUCGUCGGAGCGCUGAUCGCUCUGGGAAGCGGUCGAAUCGACGAGAGGUGCAUUUACCAGAUGCUCACCAUUCCCUCAAAGAAUUCGUGGGACCAUCGGGUACUCCUGGCGCCGGCUUGCGGACUUUAUUUGUGCCGAGUGCACUACCGAAACAACUAA